GUCCGAUGACCUUUGUAAUAACUUACAUACAUUUUUAUCUAUUUCUAUGUGGUAGAUAAAGGAAACAUAAACUUAUAGUGAUAAAACAGAUAAUAAUGCAGGAGUCAUAUAAAGGCAGCAAUAACCUUGAAACCAAAACAACAUAAAUCUAAGGAAGCAAGAAAUCCAAACCAGGAAAACCAAGUCAGCGCGAAGGCAUCCGAACACAUCAUAUGACGGGGUGCCAAGUGUCGAACCAAAACAGACGAGAGGACGUGGACUGGGUUCUUGACGCAAGCACCCUCGUCAUGGACGUGAAUGAGGUGAUCAAGAGAGCCAAGAGAGCCUUUGACGGAUAUAUUUCGUACCGCAAGGCCGUGUUGGUGGUGCUGGUGAUUCUGGUGAUCUUGCUGUACAGCGGCCCAUCGCUCUUCCGCCUGGUCACCAACCGCAGGCCAGUUCUGGCAGGUGAGGUGUCAGCCAUGUUGAGCCUCAUCUGCAAUGAGUUGCUAAAGGGAAAUGCUCUUCUCCUCCAAGGAAUGAGUGUGAAGGAGGCCAUAGUGACAGAGUACACGACUGGCACGGUGCACCGCCUGCAGUCGUGGGACCAGCCAGGCAUCGGGCCCCUCGACGUCACCUACAAGCUGUAUGCCCAUCGGACUAUACCCUCGCUCCUCCUUCAGGACAUUAAGAUCACAAACCCCACAGACCAAGAUGCGAUUGUGGACGUGGAGCAGAUGGGUCUCGGGGACUGGCCCUCGGCGGCCACAGAGGCCAUCAAGCUACAGCAUGGGGAGGGGGAGCAUGAGUACGUGGUUAUCUCAGGCAGCGUGGAUGUGCCAGACUCCAAGAGCGUGGUGCCCGUGGCCCUCAUCACCCUCAAAGUACCCUCCAGCCUGCAGAUCAAGUCGAAAAUGUCUGCGACGUUGCACGUGGUGACAGCCCUCAACUACUCUGACCCGAUUCCUCGCAAGGCAUACAUUUCCUCUGUCAAGAAUAGGGCCUCAGAAGCUGCACUGGCUGUGCUGAAACGCGCGGUGACGGGCAACAUCAAGCGGCUGCGGACAGACCACUCGCUGGUGUGGAAGGACCUGUGGUCGUCGGGCUUCUUCAUCAGCCACUCCAAGGCAGAAAGCGCACUCAAUGGCAACCUCAUCAAUGCCACGCUCUAUCAUGUGCUGUCACAGGCUAGAGCACCACUGCAUGAGGUGACAACCACAGACGAGCAGAGGGCAUCCAUCCUGACUGACAUUGCGUACGCAGAGGGCUGCUAUGGGGGCCACCAGACGCUGUGA